AUGAGACAGUUGCAUGCUGUAGAGGCCGGCCUGGAGUGCUUGCUGCACCCACCACAGGCGGUGAACAACCAGCAGCUCAUGCGCCUCUUGCGCCAAGUGCAGGCGCUCCAAGUGAUGCCAGGACAUCGGGUGUCGCUGCAGCUGGAGCAGGCCUUUGCAUUCCUGCUGGCAGACAAUCUCAGCGACGCCUACGACACUCUGGCAGGAGUGCUGACAGGAAGUGCAGAAGAUGGUGACAGAUUUGCAGCACAGGCCUUCUGCGGUCUCGUCCGCCAUGCCCAAUGGGCGCACGCAAUGCAAGCUGCUACUGCACAGACGAAGGCAAAGCCCAGCCCAGGACGCAGGAAAGCUGAGGCCAUUGCGAGUGGAGAUAUGGAAUGGUUUUCGCACGAUCCAGCACUGGUGGCCGCGGCUGGGAGGUCUGCUUCGGAGUUUUGGAGGGACGCCGAGAAGCACUUGAAAGCAGCCCUCGCAAUUCAACCGGCAGCGUCGAACCUCGCGUUGACACUAGCACAGAUGUACUGCGCACUGGGGAAGCACUCCCAAGCGCUGGAGGCUGCUAGUCGGCUGUGCGAAUUGGCGCCGCAUGAUGCGGACGCGCAUGCAUUGCACCUGCUACUGCUGCAGGCGCAGGGCAUUGACGGUCACGAGCAAGCCAGCCGCGCUGGCAACACCUGCUGCCAGCUGCUCAGAUGUGACCCUGGCGCACACAGUGCAGCGCAGCUCCUUGUGCGCCUGGCAGCACUGAGACCAAUUCCUCCAGCACCUUUCGCGGAUGCCCUCAUGCUGCACCUGGAUGUCUGCAGCACUAUGGACCGCCCACAAGGAGGCUACACCCUGCCCGAACAGCCUCACGCAGAAAGGAUCCAAAAUCGGCAGAAAAUCAGUAUGCAGUCAACAGCUCCGGAUACACAGAGUGCAAUUGAGUGCGCCGCAGCCACUUGGGCAGCGCUCGCAGCCUUGCUCAGAAGCAGUGCGCAGCAGGCGCUGCAAGCAUCUGACAACGCCCAAAGCCAGGGAGAUGAUGACAGCUUAGAGCAUUUGGACCAGUCAGGAGAGGACGCCAGCAGUCAGUGCGCAAGCUCAAGCAGUGACUGGGCAGCACUGCAGCCAGUGCUGCAGACCAGAGCCUGGUGGUGGGGCGCGCACACGCUCAAGCCAGCAUGCAUUGACCGUCUCACCAGCAGCGGCGCUCAUGAGACUGUAGCCGCAAUGGCGCUGGCGGCUGCUUUCAUGCAGACCAGCAAUGCAGGCACCUUCUGCCAGCGGGCCAUCACUGCGCUACAGGCAGCGGAGGCGCAAGAGGUGUGCCAGCAGCUGGAAGAAGGCAUGGAGCUGUGCCGGGCUCUGAUAGAGCGCCAGGCCAACAGAGAAGUCCCACAGGAGCCGGACACAGUCAGCCGCAAGAAGAGACGUAGGAAUAAUUCACCUCCUUCGGAGUAG